CAUAAACAAACCUGCGUUACAACUCCACACACUUUGCAAAGCACCCAUUAGACCUGACACACUCAGCUCACGGGAACGGACGCAGACACACUUUUCAUAUUCGGGAGUUUGAUCUUGUUUUGUUAUCAUUAUCUUUUUUUUUUUUUUUUACUUUUUUGUGCUUUAGAAAAAGUAAGAGGAAGAUCGCGAAACUUUCUUCUUUUUGCCUCCGAUGCAUUCGUGCCUCUUCAAUAACACUGAGAGCAUUUUCUAAAUAUUUUUCCAACUCCGUGAUUAUUCUGGAUGGAAAAGGGAUACUUCUUGCGGGGUUAUUACCAAAUGUAAAGACGGAACCGCUACAGCAAACCAGAACAGGUUCGGAAGAGCGCGCCCAGCCGAGCUCGGAGCCCCGACGAUCGGAUCCUUCCUCUUCGACGUCUGUCGAGUCCUCCCUGCUCCAGGAGCCCUGUCCCGGCCGCAGCCACGCCACCUCUAAAUCCCGGACACCCAGCACCAUUCAGCGCGAAGCUCUUUCACCAGAUCUAUGGCAUUCUGACAAUGAACAAGCGCACUCAGUUAUUGGAACAGCUGCAGUUUGUCCAGUUGAAAUGCACACCUCGAGACAUGCCCUGUGUGCAGGCUCAGUACGGGCCCGCCCCUCCAGGCUCAGCUUACUCCGGCCAGUCCUUCAGUUACCAGGGUGACAGCUACAGCUCUGACCUCAUGACCCCUGACUACACCAAGCUGGACCUGGGUGGGGGUGAGAUCUCUGCCGCCGCCGCUACCACCUCCCUCCCCAGCUUCAAUGUCUUUGUGGAGGGCAGCUAUGAGCCCAAAUCCUCCUGCCUCUACCAACUACCCCCACACAGGCCCACCAUCAAAAAGGAGGAGGAGAGCUACCCAACCGCUUCACCACUGGAGGCCAUGUCCUCCUCCACUAUGUACUUUAAACAAUCUCCCCCUUCUACUCCCACCACCCCGUCACUGCCGCCACAGCCAGGUACCUCUUUCCUGUGGGACGAGCAGCACUCCUUAGCUCCUCCCUCACACUCUCACUCUCUGGGCUCUGGCCUUGAGACAGGCCCCCUCAAGUCCCCUCGCUUUCCACAUUACUACCAGCACUCGCCGCCGCACAGCGGUGGCAGUGUCGGUGGCUAUGAGAGCCUUGGGGGAGGACUGGUUCGUACCUCUUCGUCAUCCUCAUCAUCAUCAUCAUCAGUAUCUCAUCCUCAUGGUCCACCUCUGGAGCAGCCCAUGUACCAGCUGCACCGUGGGGCCGGGGGCAGCAGCCUAGCCUUCCGCUCCCUGGCACUUGGGCCUUGUGGCCCCCUACUAGGAGACAGCCUGCCCUCGCCUCCUCCUCGUGGUCCCCAAGGAGAAGGAACCUGUGCAGUGUGUGGGGACAACGCCGCCUGCCAGCACUAUGGCGUACGCACCUGUGAGGGCUGCAAGGGCUUCUUUAAGCGCACUGUGCAGAAAAACGCCAAGUAUGUGUGUCUGGCCAGCAAGAACUGUCCUGUGGACAAGAGGAGGCGCAACCGCUGCCAGUACUGCCGCUUCCAGAAGUGCUUGAGUGUGGGCAUGGUGAAGGAAGUGGUACGUACUGACAGCUUGAAGGGGCGCAGAGGCCGCCUGCCCUCCAAACCAAAGAGCCCCUUGCAGACAGAGGCAUCUCCCCCUUCUCCACCCCUCAGCCUGCUCUCUGCUCUGCUCAGGGCUUAUUCACACUGCACACCCCGAGACCUUGACUAUAGCCAGUUCAGUGCUGCAGACCCUCCUUCAUCCUCCUCUGAUGCAGAGCAUAUCCAGCUCUUCUACAGGCUGCUCACCAUCUCGAUGGAGACCACACGUUGCUGGGCAGAUCGGCUGCCUGGCUUCUCUGAACUUCAGCGUGAGGAUCAAAAUCUGCUCAUAGACUCUGCCUUCCUGGAGCUGUUUGUCCUACGAUUGGCUCACAGGUCCAUGCUGACAGAUGAUAAACUAGUGUUCUGUAACGGCUUGGUGCUGCACAGGUUCCAGUGCCUUCGAGGGUUUGGAGAAUGGCUGGACUCCAUCCGGGACUUCUCCACCCACCUCCAGAGCCUAAACCUGGAUGCCUCUGCCUUCGCCUGCCUGGCCGCCCUUGUACUUCUCACAGAGCAAGUUCCAGGUCUGAAGGAGUCAAAGCGAGUUGAGGAGCUGCAGAAUAAAAUCAUUUGCUGUCUCAGAGACCACCUGGGCUGUGGCCCUUCAUCCUCCUCCUCAUCCAAGCCUGUACCACCUCUGAGUCGCAUUCUGGGUUUAAGGGCAGAGCUCCGAUCUCAGAGGACCCAGGGCCUUCAACGAAUCUUCUACCUGAAGCUGGAGGACCUGGUACCACCCCCACCAUUGAUUGACAGAUUCCUGGACACUCUGCCCUACUGAUAGCUCGGGCUGACCAUGCAGAGAAAAUCCACGGCAUGUCGUGUUCAGGUCGCACCCCACCUCCCUGAAGAGCAUGCACACUCACUUGGAAGAGAGAUGCACUCCCUUCUGAUUGAUGUAGAGCAGAGAGAGCCAAUCGAAAACUUCUCACUCAAUGGGACAACCAAACAAGAAUGCCUUUUGGUCAAAUGGACAACCAAGAAAAAGCUUUUCACCUGUAUAAAAGACAAUUACUCAAACUCUACCACUUUUUAUUUUAUCCUCCAGAUUUUCUCACACGGGGGAGGAUGAUGAAGUUGGCAUGGACAACAAAAAAAAAAAAAAAAAAACUUUUUACUGUCCUUUCUUUGUCUGGGUGGCAGCUCAUUCUGCAUAAAAAAAGAAGAAACAAAUGCUUAUGUGUACGGUUUAUCUGUGUUUUGGCUGGCUCGUUCUGGCAUCUGGUUACAGAAUGUUUUCUGAGCUGUCGAUGUCAGAGUGAGAUAUAACUUACAUCCUGCCGAAAUGAGGAGCAGGUUGUUUUCAAACUGAAAUGUACUGAAAGGUCAGAGGUCAGACAGCACAUGAAUAGAAGAAGGAACAUGUCAAAGCAGAACACAGAUAUUUCACAAACACAUCAAAGUGGCUGUUGAGGUGGGCUCUUAAAAACAAGUGCAAUUUCUUAAGUGCUGUCUUGCCACAAAAAGGAAGAGAUGGGAAGAGCGGUCUAAUUUCAAACUCUAAAUUAUUUUGUUACAAAGACUUGUCCUGGCUGUCAGUAGCUAAACGAAAGAGAUACAGUCUCCACCUAGCUUUAGACAGCGGAGGAGAUACUGUGCACUAACUAUCGAUGACUGAGUCACCCAGACUUGAACUUGCUUUGCUAUGUUUGUUUUUGUUUAUUUGUUUUUUUAAUUUCUCAUUUUGAAAUCAUUGGUCAAGUAAGACUGUGAAGGAAUAAGCAUGGACAGAAAUUGGCUUUUGAAGCACUUACACCCCGAGAAGGGCUAGAAGCACAGACACAUACCCUCCCUGCUCGCCUAGAGGAUGGCGAGGAGUAAAGGAGAGGAGGGUGCUCGACAGACAGCUGCACAUCCAGUGGGUGAAACAUUCCACCUUCUUGCUCUUUUGUUUUGUUUUUUCUUUACAUUUCUAUUGUGGAGGCUAUGUGAGAAUGCAGAGGGCAUACUGUCUUUGUGUGUACACUUAGAGAAGUCAAGAUCAUAUGCAUGGUGUGUUAUAAGCGGUUCAAAGCUCCCAUUGCAUUUCAAAAACAGCUCGACCUGUGGUUGUGUUGGAGACUGCAGCUCUACGGGAAUCUCCCUGGGCCUCCACCACCCACUCACACCCUCACAGCAGCAGUUUAAAAAGAAAAAAAUUCUAAUUAUAUAGAUAUAAAUAUAAUAUAUAUAUAUAAAUAUAUAUAUAUACAAAACUAAUAUUUUGAAGUGUUUUUAGCUUUUUCAAAUAUUGUGGUACGAGUUGUGCAUUGUUUUUUGAAGAAGAGAUACAAAAAAGAAAAAAGAUCCUGUUUUUUUUUUUGUUUGUUUUUUUCAAUGUCCCUCUUUGGUUAGUUUCCUGUUCAAUCUUUUCCUUUCUCUUUGAUUCACUGGAUUUUCUGUUCAGCACUUUGAAAUCAUAAACUAGUUCUGAUUAUUCUGA